UUCUUAAAUACCCAUAUUUCUAGCAGAUGUUGCAUCUUGUCCACUGAAAUGUAUUCUCCUAUUUGACGUCUUUUGUAAAAACUUUUAAAACCCAAAUACGGGAUUGCGGUAUAAGAAAAAUCGCACAUUCGAUGUAUCGUACACAUCGCUUAACAAAUCGAGAUUCUCUUUGUUGAGUACUACAUAGCUGCAGUAUUGUUGCAGUGCACCUUAUGUUAGGUGACACAACGUACACCCAUUACGCGGUGAAUCGGGGUUCCCUUUAAACCAAAUUCAUUCAAUUGUUGACUGUUGAAGUUAAUUUCGUUGACUGAAGAAUAUUUUUAAGUCAAUGCCAAUUUCAAUAGAAAAUAAUAAGUACUUAAACUUGCAAAAUGUCUGGCUGCUGCAGGAAUCAACAUAAGAUGAAGCUGAUAAAAAUUAAUUUUGGACGAGUGAGCGUUGGGUCGGCUGCGAAGAGAACUUUUAAGGUUCUGAAUGAAAGCUGUGUAAAGCAGUGUUACGAAGUUCAUCGGGACCCUGAGAAAAAUCCACUAGAUGAGGUAUUUAAGCUAGACUUUUACAAUUGGGAUUUACUACCCGGAGUCGCCAUCGAUUGCGUAAUUGAAUAUCAUCCAAAUUUACCUUUCCAUCAAAACAUUGGCUACCUAAGUAUCAUGAACUGUGAUCGCAUCUGUCACAAAAUUUUUUUACAAGGAACAUCUAUUGGUAAUUAUGAACAUUUCCAUUGUUCCACAAAAGGUCCGAAUGUAGUUUCAUCAGUGUCGCGUCUGGCAAUGAUAUGCUCAAAAAAAAGACAAGCAGUCAAAAAGUGCUUGCGGCUCACAAAUGCUUCUGAGAUGCCUGCAAUCUUUAUGUUUGAUAUUGACGAAGUUCACUGUCCGUUUAAAUUGGAUAUAACAAAAGGAACAAUAAGUGCAAAUAAUCACACGCGUGUUGUAAUAACUUUUUCCCCCCCAUCGCCAGGGCUCUACACAUUCAAUCUUCCAUGUUUGAUUCACCAUCAGGUACAGGGUUUUUGUUAUUUCGAUGAAUAUACAACAGAUAUGACGGUAAAAUGGAUUAAAAAUUUGAAAUGUGUAUUCAACAUUGAACCUAGUAGAACAACUAUACCCAGACAAAAAUCUGGCAUUUUUCAAGUAAAUUUCCAUCCAAAUAAGCCAGAUACUCUGUUCUCCGAAGAGCUAUUGGCAGAGGUCUUCUGGGAAGCUAAAAUUUCUAAGUCAGACUCUAAUUUGAAUUUUUUAUCCCAUGCAGUGUCACGACAGUUCUUUUAUCCAGGACAUUCGUUUUCCCCUGGGUCAAUUGGCUGGAUCCCGCUAUAUGAACUUCCCCAAACUGUGAUUCUACCUCCGUGCCUCCCACAAUCAAUUGUGUACACAACUUUCCUCAUAAAUUCGCAUGGACAACUCGCAAUGACUUUCAGAUUCAUUCCUCCACAAAAAACUCAAUUCAUUGUAAAGCCGAUGGUAGGAAUAAUUCACAGAGAUUAUCAAAUAGUAGUUGUGCAAUUCUUCCCUGAGACUAAAGAUGAGCAAGUAUACGUUGAACAAUGGUCUGUCCAAUUUAAUGGGAACCCAAAAAAUGAGGUGCCCAUUGAGUUCAUGGCUUCUACGGAAUACCCUAAACUCAGUUUUGGUGGCAACAAUAAAGUUGAAUUCCCCACUGUACACCCAGGAUGCGAAGAGAUUGCCCCAGUAACUAUGCGGAAUAUUACAAGACAUUGCAUCAGAUACACAUUCUCCGAUAUUCCCUCUUCAUUAAAUGUGAAUCAAUCACGUGGAAUCAUUCAGGCUAAUGAAAUUUUGACCCAUGAGUGGUUAUUCUGUCCCAAAGAUAUUGGUGAUCAUAGUUAUGUGGUUAAUUGUUGUGUGACAACUUUGGAAGGUGGCAAUAAAAUGGGAAUGGAAAUGGAAAUGGAGGUCAAUACAAAUAUACCCCUUGAAAUUAUUGGAAAGGCAGAAUCAGAAUUUCUUGUGGCAUUACCAGAGGAACUUAAUUUUGGAACCGUUGCAUAUGGCGAAACAAAAAAAUUGAGUUUUCAGCUAUUUAAUUCUGGUUCAAUCAAAAUUCAUUACAAGUUAAGAUGCGAGCAAUCCUGCGCCCGUGUCGGGCAUGUGUUGCACAAUGUUAAAAUCGAACCAUUAGUACAGACAAUCCUUCCUGGAAGUGAUCAGAAGAUCGAUAUUUAUAUAACACCAUCCGAGCCUGGUUUUCAUCAGUUAAUCGUUCAGUAUUUGUUAAGACCCAAUGCUCUGGUAGAGGAUACCUUAUCCACAGUAGAUCCGAGAGAUGUUUGCAAAAUAAACUGCAUGUGUGUCUUGCCUAGCUUUGAGAUCAAAGAUCUACUAUAUUUGACCAAUGAAGAAUAUGUAAGCAAGGCAAUACUCUGGAAUUUAUUAGGAAUUGACCAGUUCAAUGCUAUUACCAAUUCCAUUUUACCUGGUAAUAAAGAAGUAAUCCAUCUCCGCUUUCCCGAAUCAGUUUUGAACAGGGAAUCGUUGCUCAUAAAAUUACUCGUUGUCAAUUCCACUGCAGUACAAUCAACAUGGGAUAUAAAAAGAGUGAAAAAAUGUGAUUGUCAGCAAAUUAUUAAGACCCGUGGAUUGACAUUUAAAUAUAAGGAAUAUUGUUGCAAUCACAGAUUAGCCUGCACUAUUUUCCCCAAGAAGGGAGUUCUGCUGCCACACGAUAAAGCUAUCAUCACUAUUCAAGUAUGCUAUGUAAUAUUGGGAAUGACCAGCUUACAAUGGCAAUUGAGUUUAUCCAAAAACCGCAGUAUUAUCAUCAAUGCCGAUAUCGUAGCUCUAUCUCAGGAUGAGGGUGGUCCCAGCCUUCUGACGAAACAUGUUUCAUUGGAAAAGACUUAUAUCGGCGAUAUGGAUGCUGUAAAUCAGAUGUGUUGGCUAUAUAAUUCAACGGACCACGAAGUGACGUACACAUUAGAUAUUAAUCCCCUUUAUGAAAUAAAUAUAAAAAAUAUGAGCGAAAUAUUUCGGUGUAGAAAUCCCCAUGGAACUCUACUUGGGCGAUCUCAUUUGCCAAUUAUCUUCAAGUUUCAACCAAGGAGCUUCGGAUCUUACAAAGUGAAUCUUCCGCUACAGCUUGGGCACAGAUGGACCAAUCUAUCAAUUGAGGCAGAAACUGAUAUUUCAUACAAAACAAAAUAUCUUCCAUACAAUGUUUCAUGCGUGGAUCAAUUUGCUAUCCCCGAGAUUCCUGUGCAUUUCUCUAUCGAGCAUAUCACGGCUUCCCCAAUGCCUGUUUCCUCGAAACUCUAUCGUGUGGUUAUGAUUUUCAAUGAGUCAAAGAAUCAAGUUAUAGGAUAUCAAUGGAGAAGCUAUAAUCUGCCAAAUAUCAUUGAGAUAUUCGCCGAACCAGCUAGUGGCAGGAUCCAGCCGACAAAAGUGCAAUCGUUCCGUAUAACAAUUAUUUCUCGUUCUCAUCCAUCUAAAAUAACUGCCAAUUUAUGCUGUGAAUUCUUAGACCUCAGUGCACAAAGUGCAUAUACGAAAAGUAUUAUUGAGUACGAUUCCCUUUGCACGGAAUUAGCAGGUCAGUUUGUUAUAACGGAAGAGGGAAUGACAGAACCGAAACCUCGGCUGAAACGAUUAGAGAAACCAAAACCUUUCACUAAGUCACUGUCAAUAAGUCUGCAUAUCUAUGGCUUAUUGGAUGCUGACUUGAAGGCUACAUUGAACGAUCAGUUGAAGAGCACACCACCUGCAGUCUUGAGAACUCGAAGAAAUGACAGCUACGAUAACAUUGACAAGAAACUAAUUGAUAUCACUACACUGAUCUUGGAAGGAAUGAUUUGGGAGGUUCUCAACAGUAAUAUGUUCGUGCACACUUUAAAAGAAUCUCUCACAAGGAUACCAGACGUGAAAUACGGCCAGUACAAAAUAUCCCCAACAAAGAGAUGGACGCUAGAAAAUAAAUCAUACGACAUACCCCCUAUGCAGUUUCUUGCAUCUAUUUUUGAGCAGAUAAUUUUCGGAAUAAUACACGAAGAAUUCGGAUUGAGUCUGAAUCAUUUCAAAGAGCCUGCAGACAUCAGACAAUUCUGCUACCAAAAAAGAGAGCCACGAUCACAUAUGCGGAAUACGAUGUGCGAAUCAGAAUCGCAGGGGUCACUCGAUCAGUUCCAGAGUGAUGAUAUAGUCAGGGUGGGUCCCAAUAAGUCUCAUCAUGAAUCUCAAGUUAAAUUCAAUGUUGAGGCUGAUGAUUCAUCCGAUGAAUCGCGCAAUUGAUUAAUUAACAUGGUUGUUGA